AUGUAUCGCGGCAUGCCGCCAGGAGGGCCGGGGCAGCCGGCGCCCGAGACCAGACUGGCCGAGCUGCUGGAGCAAGUGAGGAGGGAGUUUGAACAGCAGGCUGCUUUGAGGAGCGAGACCGAUCACCAGAUGAACGAGCAGUAUCGGGAGGUCGAACUCAUUAACGGCAAGAUCUACCAGCUUCAGCAAACACACGUGACGAUGAAGAAGCAGUACGAAGAAGAGCUGGCCCGCCUUCGUCACGAGCUCGAGCAACGCGGAGGUGCACCACCUGGCGCGCACGCCGGUCCGUCGCAGCCUCCACCACCGGCCAUCGGCCAUGGCCCAGCCAACCUCUUUCAAGGCAUCAUGACUGGCGCUGGCGGUCAAGGCGGACCUGGUCUCGCUCCGCCACCCCAGGAUCAGCAGGGCGCGCCCGGCAUGCCCGGACACAUGCAAGGUCAAGCACCGCCAGGUCUCAAUGUGCCGCCAGGCCCUCCUCAUAACCCUUUCGGAUACAACCAGCCGCAAGGACCAGGCAUCAAUGGCUACGGUCCGCAGGUGCCUCAAUCCACCGCCUCUCCAGGCCCAGGUAACGCUCUCCUUGGCGGUGGUCGCCUCGGCGGACCCGCCACCACUCCUCAACAAAUUCAAGCCAACCCUUAUGCAGGCUCGCCCGCGAUGGGUCGCCCGACUCCUCCACCAGGCCAAGCCGCGCGGUUUGCGCCCGACUUCCAGUACUCUCAAGCCGAGAUUGAACGCAUCGGCAAUACCCUGUCCGACUACGAUCUCGAUAAACUUCCUCCACAUCUCAAGCGGCAAGGCGAGGACUGGCAUGCUGUCUUCAAUCCCAACCACCGUGUGCCACGCCGUCUCGAUGUCGAGCUCGUGCACAACCUUGCGCAUCAGAGCGUCGUGUGCUGUGUUCGCUUCAGCCAUGACGGACGUCAUGUCGCGACUGGUUGCAAUCGUAGCGCGCAGAUCUUCGAUGUUGUGACUGGCCAGGAGAUCUGCCACCUGCGAGAUACCAACACGAACCAGGACGGUGACUUGUACAUCAGGAGCGUGUGCUUCAGUCCGGACGGCAAGUACCUGGCGACAGGUGCCGAGGACAAGAUCAUCAGAGUCUGGGACAUCCAGCAGCGGAUCAUCCGCUACCAAUUCACUGGCCACGAGCAGGACAUCUACUCUCUUGACUUCGCCCCGGAUGGCCGUCGCAUCGCCUCUGGCUCUGGCGACCGCACUAUCCGCAUCUGGGAUCUCCAGGAGAACAAGUGCGUUGUCGAACUUCACAUCGAUGACGGCGUUACCACCGUCGCCAUGUCUCCAGACAAUCGCUUCGUCGCUGCCGGUUCCCUGGACAAGAAUGUCCGCAUUUGGGACGUGCAGACGGGUACUCCUGUCGAACGCACAGAAGGCGAGCAGGGCCACAAGGAUAGCGUCUACUCCGUCGCAUUCAGUCCGAGGGGAACUCACCUCGUGUCUGGUAGCUUGGACAAGACUAUCAGGAUGUGGAAGUUGAACAGCCACUUUGAUGGGCGUGCGAGGUCUGGCGAGUGCGUCAGGAUCUUCGAGGGACACAAGGACUUCGUCCUGAGUGUGGCGCUCACGCCGGACGGCAACUGGGUCAUGAGCGGUAGCAAGGAUCGUGGCGUGCAGUUCUGGGAUCCGGAGACUGGGCAUGCGCAGUUGAUGUUGCAGGGACACAAGAACUCUGUGAUCUCCGUCGCACCCUCUCCAAUCCGCGACGGCAACGGUGGGCUCUUCGCCACCGGCUCAGGCGACCUCAAGGCGCGGAUAUGGCGGUACACCGAGUACAGGCAAGGCCCGUAG